AUGAAGGCAAAGAAACGUUUACCCUCGAAGCCGUCUUCCUCACCGAAAAUUGUUCGAAAUGAGUUAUUAAAGCUAAACGAAUCGACCUCCCCAGGUCCUGAUGCAAUUCCGGCCAAGCUGCUGAAGGAACUAGCUCCCGAAAUGUCCAAGCCACUAGUCAAGAUCUUCCAAACGUCAUUUGUUACUGGAUGCCUGCCCUUUGAUUGGAGGUCCGCUACCAUCACUCUGCUUUUUAAGGAUGGAAGUCAUGCGUCUGCAAAUAAUUAUAGGCCAGUGAGUCUUACCUCUAUCUGUUGCAAAAUCAUGGAGAAGAUCGUUAAGAAGGCCUUGAUGCAGUUCCUUGAGCAGUACCACCUCCUCUCCGAUGCCCCACACGGCUUUCGAGGUGGUAGGUCCUGCCUCACGAAUAUGCUAUUUACGCUUGAACGCUGGACCAAAGCACGCGAUGAAGGCAAUGUGGUGCACGCCAUCUACAUCGACUUCAAAAAGGCCUUCGACAUCGUUCCCCACCAAAGUCUCUUGCACAAACUGCGCAAAGCUGGAAUUCGUGGACGCCUUCUUCUAUGGAUCCAGGGAUUUUUUCUAGUCGGUGCCAAAGAGUGCAGGUCGGGCUUCAACAGUCCUCAGAUGUUAGCGUGGUGAGUGUCGUCCCACAGGGCUCUGUCUUAGGUCCCACGUGAUUCCCCGCUUUCAUUAAUGACUGCGUCAAGGACCUAGACUGUGAUGCCAUCCUGUUUGCCGACGACAUAAAAUUGUGGAAAGUUAUUCACAAGGCGGCAGACGCAGACCACCUGCAAGCAAACUUGAACAGGCACGAAGACUGGUCGAAGCGCUGGCUUAUGCCCUUCAAUAUAAGCAAGUGCGACUUUCUUCAACUCGGCAGCUUCAGAGCCUCCAGUCCCAGGACUUACAUAAUUAAAUAAAAAAAACCUAGUCAAUAUGAGACUUAGGUCUGAGCUAUGCAAAUACCCCUGACUCACCUUUCCUCAUUAAACAAAUAACACCAAAAUCCACUCGCCUGUACGGACUCACAUGUAAAGAUUUUCCCUUAAAUGUACUUAAAGUGCAACUUUUCAUAAUGUACGCUCAACCCCUCUUAGAGUGCUGUUUUACUGCCAUUGGCAUAAUGCCUUUAGAUGACCGAAAGAAACUGAAGGCACUCACGGACACUUUACCAGGUCAUUGUCAAAAUGUGAUGGCACCCAAGGUUCAUACUUAGGAAGAUACCAUAAAUACAGUCCUCAACUCCUCUGGAUCAGAAAACUCAAAACAAAUCAAAACAUCCCGCGAAGCACUGGAAAUGAAGAAGAUUUUAUAAGAAUCCCCAAAUUUGAAAAGUCCCAACGUUUAAAUUUCUACUCCAUACGAUAUGCGACUAUGUGUAAUGCCCUCCAAAUUCUAUUCACAAAAGUCGAAACCAUAUAGAAUUCAUGUAAAAACUAAGAAAUCCCUUUCAAAUAAUUAUAUACACUUAUUUUUGAAUAAGAUAGGACUGCACUGAACUGAUAGGGCAUUUCUCAAGGCAAUUAUUUGGUAUAGAAUUUGGCCUGAUGAUCACAUUAAAAAGCCGACCGAAGGAUACCACCAAUGCGUUAAAAAGAUGAAGGAACGUACAAAGAUUUCCAAAUGUGGAUGACUACGAGUUUGAUGCUGUAGAACUCAAAUUGUCCUUCACAAGCUGAUUACUCACUACCAGCCUUGUAAAUAAUUUCGUGGUCUACCCUUUUGCCGCACAGAUUCACAUUGAACGGAAAAAAAUUUCGUGUUGAAUAUUGGCUCGGACACAUCCCAAGCGUGUCAGUUUUGUAGGGACUAUAAACAUGAAACAUUUGCUGUAAAUUUGAUGGUUCACCAAGGGCUUCGCCCAUAGCCCAGUAGCACCAGACGAUACAAGAAAAUAUAUAGAUGCUGCAACGGCAUAUAAAUAGUUAGCGUGGAUGGGAGACGAAACACCAUGCUUAUUUAACAGCCGGCAAGGAGAACAACGUUCUGGAAGCUGCAGCUAUGGGCCAUUGGGAUUGCUGGCGCAGGGGGGGGGGAGGGGGCGAAAAGAGCGCCGCAAUCGGUGUCGAAUGAGGGACCUUCAGCAGGUGUGAGAGAAUGGACAACGGCAACCUUUAGCAACAAACAAUUACACAGUUCCUAUCUUGGACCCCACCGAAAAUCACUUCAGUCUGCCCGGAGGACUCUGUAGAUUCCGUGGUUUACUACAGGAUUCUGGACGAUUCUAAGAUCCGGAAUUUCCUACCUUUGCCUAUUUGAGCACCAUCGGAACACCAAAUAACCUAUCACAACCUGAACCACUUUGGCUGCUAGACCCUAAGGCCGUCUCCUCCACGCUCAAUCGAGGAAUGCCCCGCACCCUCCGCGCAAUCAGUUGCCUUUCAGUCCUGCGCAGUGCUUUAAGACCUCAAUGGCGAUUUCUCUCAUCUUCCACAAUCGAUCCUGUAAAGAAGGAAGGCAGUUUAUGUCCACCAAAUAUCCAAGGCCAAGAGAAAAUCUUCCCUGCGCACAUCGAGAGUAUUGCCGAUUCGAUAGCGAAACUGACGCUUUUGGAAGUAGCAGACCUAAAUGAACUCCUAAUUAAACGACUAAAUAUAAAGGUAGGAUCUCCUCAUUGCAAUCCUGAGUAGCUACAAUAGCCUUUUAAGGCGAUCAUUAUUGUGGCAGGUUGUCACUUUCCUCGUGUUAUAAGUUAGUAACAGGUUUCUUUCACGAAAUCGUUAGCUUUCAAAUCGAAACCUCAUAAUCAGCAUUUAGGAAUUAUAAUUUCGCCCUGAUACAAAGGUGCUAGCACCCCAUCUUCUACAUAUUUGUGUCUACAGCCUUCUCAGUUGGCACAUCUCCGUACUAAGGGCUGGGAUGGACCGACCCAUGGUCUAGUCCAAGGGGUCGUUUGUUGUCAUUUUUAUUACAACUGAUCAACAAUACUGCCCGGUUUUGCAGCACAGAUAAUGUGGGAACGUUCCAUGCACAUAUCACUGUAGGAAUCAUUGGAUAAGUAAACUACUUCCUGCCAGCUGUGAUGAAGAUAAAAGAAAUGAACGCCCCCUCAAAUUGGAUCAUGACCCCAUUCCUCCUGUUUGAGCCGGCGCUUAAGGAGGAGACAUAGGCGUGGUUCCUUUGAUAGACCAACGCUCGAGUCCAUUCUGCGGUUCUGUCUACUUUCUCGUUUCAUGACUUUACUAUGGCCCUUGCGCCCUAUUGACGAAUUCCUUACUUGAUCACACUUAGGGCGAUAUGUCUCAUGACGGACAGCGCUGGCUCCAUGUUCUUUAACAGAAUGGAUAUAACAACCUAAGUUCCAAUCAUUAUCAAAACGUCCAGAUAUCACUUCGACAUCGGCUUUGACCUCUCAAAUGAUAUCUGAAUAGGUGAUGCCCCCUUCUGCCUCUAGCAUGUAGUUGGCGCCGUGUAGUAUUAGGAGUACGCAGUAAGACUUCGAGGACAGCCCGUUGUUUUCGCCAAAAGUUGACAGUCAACCAGAAAAUUAGAAUUUGGGUUGUCCAGUCCCACAGUGAUAGAAAUUUGAUGUUUGCCGUAAGCGUCCAAGGACCUCCAGUUGUCUUGCGAACACAGACUCUAAUCCUUAGAGGUCUAUUUACCUUUAUUCUGCUUCGUGAAAACGUUUGGCAUGAGUUAACGAAGACAAUCAGUAAGUCGCGUUUAACACCGUCGUACAAAGUAAAUCACGUAUUUUAUCUUGCUUUUUCUGGAACUAGCCGUGGUCGGCGAUUUUGUCGUUGAAAUAGGCAUAAAAUGCAUUUUUCUGAAGCAUGGUGUCUUGCUAUUGCCAUGGCAGGUCUCAUUAGCAAACAAUGUAUUCACAGGUUCGCCCCUUUCCACGUGCAUUUUGUUGCAGCCCUUGACAACGAGAAACUUUUAGCAUAAAUAGACCACUGACGAUGAGGUCAUGUCGCCUAAUUCCCACAGUUUAGGCCAAAAAAUUCUGCGUCCGUUUCGUUUGGAGUGCCUGAAGGAGCUAAUAGGAAGAGGGAAUAGGACGUAUUGAAAGUAGGACGUGUUCUUCCAUCGUGGCUUCUUUAGCAGUAUCUCCAAACCUCUAACCAUGAGAACUGUGUGGUUGUUGCGUUCACUACCACCGUCCAAAUAUGAGGAAUGAGUGUAGGUGGUAUUAAGGUCACGGUGGACUCGGUGGCGUUGCGACUGGUCAAUAAGUUUAAUUAGAACGUGCGAACCAGCUGGUGGAAAGCACGUGUACUUAUAAAAAGAGGAAUGUAAAGACAUGCAGCUGACUGUAGCUCCAAUGUCAGCCCUAAACACGCUCGGUAAUUUUGACUUCCUCGGAUCAUCAUAGUAAUUCAAACUUAUCAACCUGGAAUCCACAGCCUAACCUGGUCGCUAAUUACAGUGUACAGUUUGCAGUCGGUCGCCGACAGACUUUCGAUCUAGGUUUGCCCACGCUGACCUGACGCACUGCGAUCCGGAGUGCGCUCAGGCUUAUUGUUUACCUCGCCCAUCCACUUCAUUAUUUGGCCGUCCCGACGCGUUCGUUCGCCGCACGGUCAACUAUCUAAAUUGUAAAGUAGGCUGGGACAGUUCACGGGGUGCAUUCAUGUCCUACCUCAGAAGUUCGAUGAAACCUCAUCGCGCUGGUGUCUAGUUGACUCAACGUGCUCUCAGAGAUAAACUUUCAAGUUAUGUUUGAAUGUGGCAGUAAUUUGAAUGUUAUGUGAAUUGAUGUCGCCUGAGGCGUCGGAAACAAAACUGUCAAGCCUUUUUUGUCGUUUUAGCGGUGGUUUAGAACUGCAUAUUGGUGUAGAACACGCGUCGUAAACACAUCGCAGCGAAAUCCACGUUAACUACAGCAGCGCGGGACACACAGAUACCUCUGCGGUAACUUCAGAGCCUAAUUCAUGUAUGGAGCUAUGGUCUGAUCUCCCAGCCUGAUCUUAACUCCAUAUCUAUCUGAACUACCAGCCAUGCCAAUUUGGCGAAGGUGGGUGCACUUACCGACGACUGGCGUCUUGAUACUGUGCAGUCAGUAGCUUGAAUGAAUGGGCAACGUCCCUUCUGUACUGCGCCGUUAUAACGCUCACAGAAUCAGGUUUGUGGUUAACAAUGCGCAACUUAUUCCCUCGUCCAAACGAGCAGUCUGUCGCAUUUUCCACUUGAGAUUCAGAUUUACAUAUUAACGCGGUCGCCCUAUAACGAAUCGAACAUCACGACUGACGAACUAAGGUCAUGCGGUUUUCAAGUUUGACAACUAAUUUAGCCUGCCUAGUUCGUAACUUUUUAACUACAUUCUUCCCAUAAAGCAGCCAUGGCAAGUUUAAUCAGAAUGAACUUUCUCAAAUGAGUAAUCGAAAGGUACGAGGGAUCUUAUGCAUAUGAAAGCACGGAGAACUCAACUGCUGACAAUGCCAAAGUAUUUUUUGAAGAGACAGGGCGGCAGACGGCCCUUAAAAGACACUAUGCAAAGUCGGGUGGGUGCGCAUCUCCAGCGGCUAUCGUAGUGGUUGUGGAGGCCCACCUAUCAGUUAUGUAGCCCGAAGAGCAAGGUAGUUUGAUUGUAGCACGGAAGUCAACGAUACAAUGCAUCAUUCCAGGUUCCUACACAUGUCCUACGUGUUCACCCGUUGGAUCGGUUGCCCGACUCGUCAACGGGCGACAAAUAGCGGAACGGCCUUCCGCAAAGUUUGAGCGUGAGAUAAGCAGGCUUUCGGUUCUGCGAAAUGGUCAGUCACGGACCAGCAGUAACAGUGCUAUCCAGGACACCGAGAGUAAAGGUCGUGCACGCCGACCGUCUUAUAAAAUACAACAAACGCUGGUGACGGCACUGUGACAGGACGACUCUGAAGCCCAUUAAACAAUUCUUACCACUCCUGCUGCCUUGUUAGGUUCUUAAACUAAAGCGCUGGAGGAAAUAACCAACAAGCAAUCCGAGCGGCUGUAAGAGGUCCGUCUCCGUUCAAAAUAUCCGAAAAACCUCAUGAAAUGACCGACCCAAUUAUUAUAGUCUAUGCUAAGGUGUCCGGAUGAACGGGCACGUUCCGCAACCCUGAUCCGGUAGCGCGGACAUUUAGUAUGCCAGCUAUAUCACUGGAUUGGAAAUGGACUCUCGGUAUUGGAUGCUGAAUUGUGCAGGCUCGGAUGCUCUGGAAAUAAUGACCCCAGGAGUCAACUCUCACUUCACCCUAUACCACAGUGGCCUACACGACUCUUCUGACAGACACGAUGCGGUAACCACUCUCCCAGCGAGAUAACCCGCAUGAAGACCGACCAAUGACUUGCUGGUUUACGUGCGACUGAAAGUUCACUUAACGAACAUCUCUAUCGCACCCGUGUACGCGCCAACAUUAGCUGUUGACCAGCACGUCAAAGAAAUCUACUUGCAGCCGCAAAGACUAAAUCCCGCACCACAAACUAUGCAGGACACAAUUCGCAAACGACUCGACUUGGCACCGUUGGGAUGUAAUUCCAUAGCGCGUGCGUUGCACACCGGCACUAAGCACCCACUCACCAGUUUUGUAUGACCUUCUUCACCAUGCAUGUGACAUUCGAAUGGAAGAACCCGUUAGUCGACUUCUCUUUGAAUAAUUUUUCUCGACACGCAUCCUUGUGCUCACUUUUUUAAUCCUACUAAGGUGGACAGUGCAUGUCUCACCCAGUUAAAAUCUGUAUAUGUCCUGUGGAAUCACAAAUUUAGCGCCAGUCUAGCACUUCUUUCACAUUCCAGAACAAGACACUGAAAUGGCCACCCCUGACCUAUCAGUAGUCAUUAGCCAGUGAAGUUCUUCCACACCGCCAACGUCAUCAGACUGAAGACCUCGAAGUCCUCACUAUUCUGGAAGUCGAGCCGGGCAAUUUUACAUUUGGAGUCAGCCCCGACAUCAGAUGAGCCGUCCAGUUUAUACCAACUCCAGCCAGAAAAUAGAAUUUCCGUUUUUGGCAUUUGUCAGCUGCAAAGGAGCCUUUGGUGUCCAGCCAGAAUUGGCAACGCCCUGACAUCCCUACCGUGUAUAAUCUCCGCUGGCAGCCUUUCUCUUUUCACCGGCUCUCGUCUUAAAGCAGGCGGGGUGCCAGCCCAUAACAUAAUUCCCCAGAGCCCGACUUAUAACCUAGUCCCUUGACCUCAUGGUUAUCUGUCCCCCAGGCUCCUUCACAUGGCAUGGCCUUUAUGUCGGCGGCCGCGCCCCAGGUCAGCCCCGCAACCGAUACUACAGAAACCGAGGAGGUCGAGCAGGCAGCGACAAAGACCGCAUUCACAGUCAAACUGGUGAAAUUCGACGCCGCCAAGAAAGUUGCACUCAUCAAGGAAAUCAAGGCACUUCUUCCGGAUAUGAAUUUGGUACAGGCGAAAAAGUUUGUUGAGGUAAUGAGUGGAGAUUUUAAUGUUCUUAGCCUUUGUAUAAAGUGAAAAGCUCGCCUGCAGUCUUCUGCAAGCAAUAAUAGCCCAGGCCGACAAUUUCGACGACACAAUAAUUUGUGCCGGCUUAGUAUAUGAGUGACUAUCCAACCUAAAGCUGCGACAAUGUUUACGUCUUCAUAUGUGCUGUACUCUCCCCGAAGCUCAACAUCUAACGGCUGUUUUAUUUAUUUAUUUCAAAUCAAGGCCGCUCCGGGUAUCCUAAAAAAGGAUUUGAGCAAGGACGAGGCGGAAGCAAUGAAAAAGACUCUAGAGGGCUGCGGAGCAACCGUGGAAAUCGAGUAA